AUGCGCGAAAUUGUUCAUAUCCAAACCGGCCAGUGCGGAAAUCAAAUUGGCGCCAAAUUUUGGGAAGUGAUCUCCGACGAACACGGAAUUGACCCCUCUGGCGCAUAUGUUGGGGACUCUCCAAUCCAGCUAGACAGAAUCGAUGUGUAUUAUAAUGAAGCCAAUGGCAAAAAGUAUGUUCCGCGAGCGGUGCUUGUUGACCUUGAGCCAGGGACAAUGGAUUCUGUCCGUGCUGGUCCUCUUGGACGGCUCUUUCGGCCCGAUAAUUUUGUGUUCGGACAAAGCGGAGCGGGAAACAACUGGGCUAAGGGGCAUUACACCGAAGGUGCCGAGCUCGUUGACUCGGUUUUGGAUGUUGUGAGAAAAGAAGCCGAGUCUUGCGAUUGUCUGCAAGGGUUCCAAAUCACACAUUCCAUUGGAGGCGGAACCGGCUCUGGUCUUGGAACCCUUCUUAUCUCCAAAAUCAGAGAGGAAUUUCCAGACCGAAUGAUGUGCACCUUUUCUGUCGUUCCCUCACCAAAGCUUGUCGAAAACUCGGACGAAACUUUCUGCAUCGAUAACGAGGCUUUGUAUGAUAUUUGCACCAGAACCCUCAAAUUGAAUACCCCCUCCUACGGCGAUUUGAAUCAUUUGGUCUCGGUGGUGAUGUCUGGCGUUACCACUUGUCUGCGAUUUCCAGGGCAGCUCAAUGCAGACUUGAGGAAGUUGGCCGUUAAUAUGAUACCAUUCCCACGUCUGCACUUCUUCAUGGUUGGCUUUGCCCCGCUUACUGCCAGGGGCGCAAUGCAAUAUCGUGCCUCUUCUGUUUCAGAACUGACGCAGCAGAUGUUUGAAUCGAAAAACAUGAUGGCUGCUUCUGAUCCGCGUCACGGCCGAUAUUUGGCCGUCGCCGCAAUGUUCCGAGGCCGUGUGUCGAUGAAGGAAGUAGACGACCAUAUGUUCAAUAUCCAAAAUAAGAACUCCUCUUAUUUCGUUGAAUGGAUCCCAAAUAAUGUCAAGACGGCCGUUUGUGAUGUGCCGCCCAGAGGCCUAAAAAUGUCGGUAACGUUCAUCGGAAAUUCUACCGCCAUUCAGGAGCUUUUCAAACGCAUUUCUGAGCAGUUUACAGCCAUGUUCCGUCGCAAGGCAUUUGUUCACUGGUACACCAGUGAGGGCAUGGAUGAAAUGGAGUUUACUGAAGCAGAGUCCAAUAUGAAUGACCUUGUCUCCGAGUAUCAGCAAUAUCAAGAUGCCACUGCUGAUGAUGACAUGCUAGGGUAUCAGGAAGGUCAGAUGGAGGAGGCUGAUUAG